CCGUAAAGAACCCUGGUGGCUGUUCCGUGCGCAGCCGAACGAAGAAUCGAUCGCGUUAGAUACGAGGGUAGGGUUUCCAAUCGGGCGGGGAAUCAACUCCGACGCCGACCAAGUACGAUGGCCGGAGCUCUGAUGGCGCCGCUGCGUGUCCGGAGAUCUCCUGACUCCUUCCGCGUCCAUCUUCACAUGAUAUGGUCCUUCUCCUGGACCGAUCCCGACCCCGCCUCAUCUGAGUCCGCGGCGAUGUCCUCUUCCCCCGCUUCUUCGUCGUCUUCGAAGGCUCAGCAGAAGAAUCUAUCUCACCGUUUGGCAACAGUGGCUGACGCGAUAAAGGAGCGGAAGCUCCCUCCCGAGCUCCGCGGGCUGGGCAACGCCAUCAGGUCGGAAACUGACAUAGUCAAUGUUGUCGAACAAAGGAUAUGGCAUUCAAUGGAACAAGGGGAUUUUGAGAAUUUACCAGGGAAAGGCAGACCUCUUAACCUUGAUUCAAAUCCACAUGUAGAUCCUGCAGAAGACACCUUGUACAGAAUCCUCUCAAGAAAUGGUUUUGUGCCUGAGUGGGUGGAACUGAACAAGGAAAUCCACUCCAGCAUUGCCGAGUGGAGGACAAGCUUGAAGAAGGCUUGGGCCAGAAAAUCUGAUCAUGAGCAAUUGAAGUGGCAGGAGGAUUCUGAGAUCCUCAAGGCUCAGAUGGGCGACAUCAACCGCAAGAUUCUACGAUACAAUCUUAUUGUGCCCUUUGGCCGUCAAAUGUUUGGGCUCAAAUGGGAGAAAGAAAUAUCUACGUUGGAGUAAUCGAUCUUUGCAUCAUUUCCAUUUUGACAUCCUCUUUUGUAGGUCUUAAGAAUAUCAUAUAAUACACUGUAUCAUUAGUGCAAUGACAUUUUGUUGGUAUCAUUAUUUUUGAUAAAUUUUAUGUAAAGAUCAAACCUAUUUGAAAGCAUCAAGCUGAUUGCAAGUGUAUAAGUAACUUUGUAUAUGAUACUUCUUUUUUAUGCAAUUUGUAGCUCAAAACUCACUAUAAAACAAACAA